UUGCAGCCUACGCACAGAGUAAACAGAAAGAAGCCACCCUGACGACGAUGCACAAUCCUCGGUCACCAGCAAGAGUCAAGCCCAGCCAAGUCCCCACUCUACCACAGCUGGUUGCACCGUGGCAACAUGAAGAAACAACUCCAAAUAGACCCCACCUCCAACCUCACACAUCACCAUGCCAACCAAGCCAUCUGCCUGACAAAACAGCCCCUUCCUUCCCUUCUUCUGAUAUUCACCACUCUUUCACGGAACUAGAGAAACAGGGAAAGGUUUCAGGAGCAAUUAAAAGGCUUGAAGACUUGGAGUCUCGCAUGGCAGGUCUAGAACAGGCAAACCUAUUGAGAAGUCUGGACAGAAAUCCAAUUCCUGAGGAUAGUGGCAGAGAAAGAGGGAGAGGGGGAAGACAAGUAGAGCUGGAGAGACUAUUGUCUGAAAUGGCGCCUCACCUGACGAGGCUGAAAGAGAGAGUGUUGCAGAACGAACAGAGAAUCCUAAGAGAAGAAGUGCACUCGACAACUCUAGUUCAGUUGACACAGGAUACUGAGAGAAAAGUUUUGGAGACCCAGCGGGAGGUCGCGGCAAAGAGAGAGGAGCAGGGAGCGAGUUUGGAGGAACUGAGGGAGAGAGCUCACCAGUUGGAGCAGAGGCAACUCCAGCUGGCCAACUUCAGUCAGGGUUCCCAGGAAGGACUUGCAGCCCAGCUGAGGCGAGUCGGGGAAGAAACGAGGAGACGCGUUGAGACGAUGAGUGGCAGUGUUGGAGAAAAGAUGAAUGCACUUGAACACAGACACAGUGCCCUGGAGCGGAGUUUGCAGGGUGUUAGUGGGGCUGUCAUGGGACUGAACCGGGAAAAUGCAGAGCUAAAGAAACAGCUGAACACGAGGUUGACAGAAGUGAGAACAGGUCUGAGUGAAGUCGAAGGUAGACUGGCAAAUGUGGGCAGAGACAGCGAAAAGCAGGACACUCAAUUGAGGGAAAGUUUCCUUGGGGUUCAGUCAGAGCUGGGAAGAACUGCAGCCCACCUGCAAGAGCUGUUCCUGGGCCACUUGCGGGAGAAUUCCGUGGAGACUGGGACUCAGAUCUCCGAGCUACAAGACCAGGUGCUGGAGGCCAUGAGGUACAGCAGGCAGGAGUGCUGUAGGGAGAGGGACAAUCUCAGAAGGGAGCUGGAGACACGAAUUGCUGCUACUGAAGAGGUAACAGAAGUUGAGAAGAGAGAAUGCGAGGCUCGACUAAAAGACCUACAUUCAGCAGUUGUGGCGGAUUGCGGCAAGAUCAGAUCGGAGCUGACAAAGGAGCUCAAGGCCACACUACAGGUCACCAACUCCAUAGCAGUGCAGUAAUGAAAUGCAGCUGUUGUCUGACUCGGCAGCAGCGAGGGGAAGAGGGGAGGAAGGUGCUGCAGGGGGCAGUGUCCGUGGUGGAAGACGAGGCUAAAGUCUCCAGACAAGAGCUACUUUCAGUACUAGAGGCUGAGAUCAGAACUAGGAGUGAAGAGGUGGAAAAGAUGCGUGCAGAGCAGCAGAGGCUGUUCAGAGAACUCCACAGGCACAGCCAGUCAGUGAAGACCUCUAUGGAGGCCACGGAGCAGACAGCCGAGGCUGACAGAGAACAGGUGCGGUUGCUGCAAGACUCUCUGGCAGGGCAGUGCCAAGAGAUCAGAGUCUGUCUACUGGCUGAUAUUGAUUCUAGGCUCACCACACUCUCUCCUCCUCACCACCCCACCCAAUCCUUCUCCCAACAAUGCAAUUCCAAUGAGAGCCCACCAUGUCACCUCACACCUUAUCUUCCGGUCAGGGGAAGAGUUCCCGGCCAGACCCAGACACCAGCCGCCGGGACUCCGUUUUCUCAGGCCUCGUACCUCGUUGAAGAUGAUGACGACAGGGGCGAGGGAGAAGGGAGGGGAGCCGAACUCUCUGAAAAUGGAAACCAAGACAAAGACAACAGUGCCAGCGUUGCUGCACUCUCACUCUCACUGCAACAACAACAUCAGCUCCUAACCACACAGAAGAACAGCAACCCUCUGCAUAGUAAGUCACGCAUUCUUCAGCUGCUGCCACACGACAGGCGAGGUUGUUCUCAAGGCAACACAACAAACAGACAGACGGGAGGAGGUGGUGAAGGAAGGGAAUUGUUCAGUGUUGCUGAGGAAGGAGAAUCAGGCUCAAUCCGUGACCACGAGAGGGAUGACGGCAGUACCAGCCCAACUAGUGAAAUGGGGAGUGAGGCUGUUAAGGAGAGGGAGGAAGAAACCAGGACCCAGGGUAUGGAUGCAUCUGCAGCUCCAGGUGGGACAAGGCACACUGCAGCCAAUUCCCCUGCUUCAAGGAACGACACGUUUGGAACAACUGGCAGUGAAUUGAAUUCUUGCCCCACUUCGAGCAGUGGACCUGUUCCAACAAACCUUCCACGAUCCCCUACAGAUAAACAAGAAAUGGCAGGCUCUCCUGCCGAGCCACCUGUGUACGACACCAAAUGGCGGGGAACUCCAUCUGAAAUGGAAUGGUCCGUGGAAAAACCACAGUCUUACAGUUCAGAAGGGGCGGUACGGGAGGGAGAAGAAGAGGUGGAAGAAAAGUCGGACACCAGCAAAGAAGAGGCAGAGGGAGGCUCAAAUUCUGGAAGUGGUGAAGGAGAAAAGGUUGUGUGGACGAUUGGAGAGCCUCGUGCCAAUGAUUGAGCACACACCAGGACUCCACAUAGAGGUUUUGGCAGGCACAUCUCGAGCCUCGCUCCAAACACAGUCUUGCCACAUUCCGCGACCCAAUGUUUUAACAAGAUUACCGUGUGUUGGGAUUCUUUCGCCCAAAUAUUGCCUGUUUUACAGCUG